AUGACGAUGGGCUUCCCAGCCCCUGCUCUUCCAGGAGAUGCGUCUCCUUUCCACCCGCCGGUGCUGCUGGGCAGGUCGCUGUCACACGCAAUGACGGCCUCGCCCAUGAUACCGCAGAUCCCUCAUGCCCCUUCAUCCCCAUCGGGGCUCGUCCACUCAACAUCGCAUCUGCUGAAUUUCCAGAGCCUGAUGCCAUCGGCAUCCCACUCCCAGACCUCCAUGUUCCAACCUGCAAAUUUCCAAUUCACCUUCAACGCCGAACCCUCCACGAGCGAAGCCAGGCAGCCGGCAGAGCCCGUGGCUGCACCUCAGGCCGACCUUGCACUGGGCGGGACAUCCGCGAGCUCGGCAUCCGCAGCCCCGUGCGAUUCGCAUGCGCAAGCAGCACCUUCGCAGUCAUCUGUGCAUCGUAGAGAGGCCCAGCGGCCGGCCGUGGGGGUGUGCCAGGAGCCGAUGAACUGCGAUGCGCAGCUCAAGCAGUGCAUCGCUGAAUGCAGGAGAGUGCUCGAGGCCAAGGCAGCUCAGUGCCGCAGCGCCGGCAAAAAGUACUUUGAUCCGGACUUUCCUUCCGACUCAAGAUCUCUGUGGUUGAACGGUCUCGCGAUGACAGAAGGUAGGAAACUCUUCGUGGCGAAGCUGCCGACGGACGCGGAUGCAAGCGACAUCCGCGAAGAUGAGAUGGAACAGGUCUUCAGCACCUACGGGCCUGUCGAGGAGGCAAUCUUGAUGGACCAGAAUCGCUCGAACAGACCUGACGAGCGCUGCGGCUUCGUCAUCUACAAGUCGGCGGAUGCUGCGCAGACGGCGAUCCAGGUCUUGAACAACGUCUACCGCUUCCGAGAGGAGGCCCCUGAUGCCAUCCACGUCAGCAUGGCACGGUCGCGUGCCAAAGGGGAUGGCAAAGGCAAAGACGGCAAAGACGGCAAGGGCAAGGACGGAGGGCACGGGGGCCCCGGCGACCGCCACGACCGAGGCGGCGGUGGCGGUGCUGGCGGUGCCGGCUUCAUGGGGGAUCCUCCUGGCCGGCCUGUCUACAGAGGCCAAGAGGUGCAACGAGGCGGAUAUGAUCGAAAUGAUUUCGAUGCACCACGCGGCGAUGCCCGCAGAUAUGACUACGGCCCCCCGGGUCGCUACGAUGCGCCGCGGGGCUAUGAUCCUCGCUACGAUGCACCUCGGGGGCCAGAUUACGGACCUCGAGGUGGAGGACGGGAGGAGUUCCGUCACGAUCGUGGAUAUGCGCGAGAUGAUCGAGGUGGUUAUGACCGGGACUUCAGAGGUCCUGACAGAGGUCCUGACAGAGGUCGCGACCGAGGUCCCGAUAGGUAUGAUCGACCCCACGAUCGGCCGGAGAGGCAUGAGAGGUUCCGAGAUCGUGACGACUACGAUCGACGGGACAGAAUAGAUAGAGGAUAUGAUCAUCGACCUCCUGAGCGCGACUGGAACGACCGAGAUCGGAGCAGCUACGAUCGUGGUCCGGAAAGCUUCGACAGAGACCGCUUCGACCGCCACGAGCACUUUGGUCCAGAACGAGGCUUCGCAAGAGAGCGGCCCGAGCGACAAGGAGGCUAUGAUGAGCGGCCGCCAGGUGGCCGAGAUGGCGGCAAAGGAGGCCAAGGCGGCGCACCAGGAACCAAGAUCUAUGUCGGGAACCUGCCCACUGACAUCAGUAAGCAGGCCCUUUCGCAAGUGUUUAGCAGUUAUGGGCAGGUGGAGGAUGUCCACAUCAUGACGGGCAGGUCGAAAAGCGGCCAAGCAUCAGCUUUCGUGAGGUAUUAUAAUUCCAAGGAUGCCAACGAUGCAAUUCUUGCAAUGGCCCAAGGGUACGAGAUCCGUCAGGGUGACGGGCACAUAGUUGUCCGCCUGGCAGAUGGCGAGGCUAGCUACACUAUUGCGGACGUCGCAGCCUACCACAGCUCCUGGCAGAUGGCUGGAAGUGGCAAAGGGGCGCUCCUGACAGAGGAGCAGUCAAUGCUGAAGUUGUGGGCAGGGGACCACCGGCAGCUUGAGCGAGGCCUGUCGAUGCGCGAGACAUGGCGAGACCACGCGGGAGCCCCCGACACGCAAGACGAUGCCAUACGAUGCCCGGCCCUCGUGCGCGGGCACCCUGUGGCAUCCCCGACUUUCGAAUCCUGCGAGCACCAGUACUUCAGACUUGCCUGCCACAGUACCAGCCGUGUACCAGCCAACAAUCGCCACAAAUCAGACAGCUCGGUGACUCCUCACUGGACACUACGAGAGCAGCCACAAGUCGGCUACCAGGGAGCUGAUGUCGCGGGCUCGUCGCACGAUGUCGAGUGUCAAUCUGUCAAGACACGCUCCGGCUGGAUUGCGGGAUUUGCUGGCAUGACGCUGAAGGUGAUCGCGCCUGGGGCGCUCGGGAGCUUUCACCUGCAGGGUGCAUUGGCAAUGAUGCGCAGUGUCGGCAAAGAUCCCAACGAGUUGAUAGUUCACCGAGACGCUGAUGUGGGUAUCUAUGGCGUGCGCUUUUUCAAGGAUGGAAGAUGGAUCUACGAGGUUUUGGAUGACCUUCUUCCAGAGUCGGAGCAGCGACAACUCAGCAGCUCCUGCAAUGGACAGGAAUGGCCUGCCUUGAUCGAAAAAGCGUACGCCAAGUUGCAUGGAUGUUACGAAGCUGUUGCCACUGGUGCAGAGGAAGAUGCCAUGGAGGACCUCUUGGGAGCUGGCUCUGGGCGCUUUGCUGUCAGCGACUUCCCUGUCUGGGCAGAAUUGUGGCAACAUCUCAGGAGCAAGCGGAAAAGAGGCUUUGCUCUGGCAGCCAUCCGGAGGAGGGAAGCAGCAGGGGAAGUGCCCUCUCCGCUGACAAGCUCUGCACAUCAUGUCACCGUGCAUGCCAGGUCCUGUUAA